UGCGUCAUGUCCACCCUGCACCCCUCAUCCCGGCGCAGCUUCCCCCGCAUCCUCCAGAUCCUCACUGUCUCCGAAAAUACUUCAGACGAACAAGCCGAACCAUGUCCGAAACCAUCACACAGAAGCCCAACAUCCCCUGGGAGGUGGGAGUCCAUGAUGCCCACUGUCAUCCGACCGACACCAUGGCCACCAUCUCGACCAUCCCCGAGAUGAAGGCGGCGACGCUGGCAAUCAUGGGAACGCGCCUCGAAGACCAAGACCUCGUCGCGCAGGUUGCACGUUCCCACCCCUCGAAGGUUAUCCCAAGCUUCGGGUAUCACCCAUGGUUCUCGCACUUCAUCCAGGACGACCGCGACCUCGACCGCGACGGCCCCUCCGAAGAGAAGGAGAAGGAGGAUGAGGAGGAGAAAGAGAAAACCCUGAAGCUACGGCAUUAUACGGCAGUCCUGACUCCACCCCCAGACGCCGACUUCAUCCUGCAGCUCCCAUGUCCUCGCCCGCUCUCAGCAGUGCUGCAAGAGCUGCGGCAGCACCUCGUGGAAUUCCCGCACGCGCUGAUCGGCGAGAUCGGCCUGGAUCGGGGCUUCCGUCUACCGCAUCCCACGGUAACAGAGGGACCCGCCGGCUCGACGCCCGGCCACCGCGACGGCCGCGGACUGACACAGCACCGCGUGGCCAUCUCGCACCAGAAAACUAUCUUCCUGGCGCAGCUGGCACUCGCGGGGGAGCUCAAGCGGGCAGUCAGCGUGCACGGCGUGCAGUGCCACGGGAUCCUCUUCGAUUCCUUCCGCGAGGCGUGGGCGGGCCACGAGAUCCCGCGCGAACGGCCCAAGGACCGGAAGCGGCGGAGACGCAAGACCGCCGCGGGCGAUCACGAGUACCUUCCCGACUUGGCGGGGUCGGACGUAGAGUCGGAUGAGGACGAGGGGGGAGAGGAGCGUGACGAAAAGCCAAAGCCGUUUCCGCCAAGGAUAUGUCUGCACUCGUUUUCGGCGCCGCUGGAAACACUGAAGCAGUACUUGGCGCCGCCGACGCCGACGAAAUUAUACCCUUCCCAGCUGUUCUUUUCGUUCUCGAGCACGAUCAAUGCCCGCCCCGAGAAGGGCCAUCUGAGCAAAAUCGAGGACACCAUCAGGACUGUCCCGGACGAGAAUGUGCUAAUCGAGAGUGAUUUGCAUACGGCGGGUGGGGAUAUGGAUGAUGCGCUGGAAGGCGCUCUACGCUUAAUCGUGCAGCAGAAGGGCUGGGAUAUGGAGCAUGGGGUCAGACAGCUGGAUAGAAAUUGGCGCCAGUUUGUUUAUGGAGAUGCAGAGUGAUGUACAUUAGCAAUUAAUCACCCUCAUACGGCCA